UUCAAGUUGUUCGAAGUCUCUGGAUAACCCACCCCUCGCCCACCUACAAAAACAACUACCAUUCAAAGCCUUACCAGAAACAAAAUACGUACUCCAUAUUUUCUUCUGCAUAAAUCUCUCUGCUUGCAUUUGUCUGCAUACAUAUUCGGACUUACCAUUUGCAGGUCGGAGAAUUUGAUCGGAGCAAGUUGCGAUCGACGAUCCGAGUUGAAAGUUGGACUAUCCUUCAUCAGUAUCUCUUUAAAUGGAGUUCUCCAAGAAUGAAGUCAUCAUGCAAUCAUUAUUAUCUACUGCUGGACGCUUUGGAGCUCCACAAUGCUUCACGAUAGUUCUAGUUUGGGUUCCUUUUGAACCUACUUGUGGAUUCUUGUAGAUCAACUUAUUUUGAUGAAUUCUCAUGGUGGAGUUUGCUGAUUGGAGCUCUCAGCCUUUGUUGGAAUUUGUUGUUGCUGGUUUCAAUUGGUGUUCAUGUGCGACAACACAACAUUGUCUGGGGUGUUUUGCCCAUUCGGAGGGGCAAGUAGACCUGCCUUUGUAGGUUUAGGAUUUUUCCCUUAAACUGUUUCCUGAAUGCAGGGCUUGUAGUUGUUAAAUUCAUCCAUAAGGCUCAAUGGGAGACGUAGUAAUUGAGCAUUCAGGGACGCCACGUUGUGAGGCCUUAAACUUGCAAAAUUUUACAACAUCUGAGAAUGAUGCUGAUCUGGUUCAGAGUUUCCAUGGGGGCUACUUGCCUGAGGAUGGUACAUGUGUAGAAAAAUCCACUUCUACUGAAGCCCUUGACAGAGGAUACUUGGAAUAUGGCUGUUCACACUAUCGGCGUAGAUGUCGCAUUAGAGCCCCAUGCUGCAAUGAGAUAUUUGACUGCAGGCAUUGUCAUAAUGAAGCUAAGGUAAGACCUGAGAACAAUAUCAGCCUUGAUCAGAAACUACGACAUGAGAUUCCUCGUCACAAGGUGGAAAGGGUUAUAUGCGCACUUUGUGAUACUGAACAAGAGGUUCGUCAAGUUUGUAUUAAUUGCGGCGUGUGCAUGGGGAGAUAUUUCUGUGAAACCUGUAAGCUAUUUGAUGAUGAUAUAUCCAAGAGACAGUAUCACUGCAAUGGUUGUGGCAUUUGCAGGAUUGGUGGAGCGGAGAACUUCUUCCACUGUUCCAAAUGCAGAUGUUGUUAUUCAGUUCUCUUGAAGAAUGGUCACCCCUGUGUUGAGGGGGCAAUGCAUCAUGACUGUCCUGUUUGUUUUGAGUAUCUCUUUGAGUCAGUAAAUGAUGUAACAGUCCUGCCCUGUGGACACACUAUUCACAAGAACUGCUUGAAGGAGAUGCAGGAACACUACCAAUAUGCUUGUCCACUCUGCUCUAAGUCGGUAUGUGAUAUGUCAAAGGUGUGGGAGAAAUUUGACCUGGAGAUUGCCUCAACACCGAUGCCCGAAUCCUAUCAAGACAAGAAGGUUUGGAUCCUUUGUAAUGAUUGUGGAAUUACCUCAGAAGUGCAAUUUCACUUUGUGGCCCAGAAGUGUUCAUGUUGCAGAUCUUACAACACCCGCCAAACAAGAGGCAGAUAGAGGGAUCAAAUAUCAAAAGUCGGUCUGGCUUUUAUGUGAAAAUGAUCCCACAGCCGAAGUGGGUGGAGUGGUAAUUCAGAGUGGGAAGACAUUGAGCUUUUUAAAGCUAAGCUUGCAGAAGAAACACUGGAAGGAGAAAGGGUUCUAAUACGAUCUUGCUUGUAGCUCUUGUGGGGUUAUUUUGUGUUCGCGUUCUUCAUUUUAUUCACACUGUUGUAUGUGUGGCUAGCCUAGGUGUUUUGGCUCAGUGUUUUGUUGGCAUGUCUGAUGUCUGUAGCUUGCUUGUAAAAAUGUUGCAAGUCAGGUGGCUGAGAGAGACUUGAUGAGUUGUGUGAUAUUGUAAUGUUAAGGGUCAUUCUUAAUAAUAGUGUCAUUCUUAAUAAUAGUAUCAUUCUUAAUAAUAGCAUCUAAGGCAUAGAUGGGGUUGGCUUUCA